AUGGCGGAUGACGACGGUGUGGGCACGCUGAAGCUCUGUGCGCUCAUCCUGCAGCUGGUCGUCGGCGCCGCCCUGUGCGACAGCUUGCUCGACUUGUUGAAGCGACGCUCGGAUCGACCGCAGCGAGUUGCGGACAGUUGGAGCGACGGCGAUCUGCACGCACACAACGCAUGGGGGCGGACGGUCAGCGGGAUCGCCGGCAUCGGAGACUUCGACGUCGGUGGAAUCUCGUACGCGGGGAUCUGCCGCAGCCGCGAGGAGAGCCAAACCGCUUCGGAUGAUCUGGGCGAAGGCGAGCGAGGACGGGCCGUUUCCGGCCCCGCCGAUGGCCGGGCGGCGGUGUUGCUGGGGGCGAGGGUGGCGCAGACGAUUCUGGGCGGGUUGGUGAAGCGCGGCCAGGGCCAGGAGGAGACGGCGGUGCUCGAUCUAGCUGUGACCCGCCUGACGCUGGCGCGCCGGCAGAUGAAGACAUAA